GAGUCCUGUCGCUGGUGAGAAAAUCGAGCGCGUGAGAAAUUAGAGUUGACACAAAUUUUCCCACUCCUCGCCCUCACCCCUCGAAAUUUUCCGGGGAGCGAAAUUUCAGUGCAUAACCCGCGCGCGGCCCGUGUACAACAACACAUAAAUUAUUGAUUGGAUUUCGAUUCGCGAACACCAUCACACACGUGGUGGACCAGCGGCAGGAGCAUCAUCCAGGCAGACCAGGCCAGGAAGAUAAGACCCCGAGAUUAUUUGUGCGUACGUAGUGGUGCAGUGCAGUUGCGGAUGAUACAACUCCCCCCUCGGUCACCUUCCCAGUUGUCCAGUGAAAUAUGUGUGUAGUUUUGCAAUUUUCCCACCUCCAUCGGGCAACGGCAGAAGGGCAGAAGGGAAAUUGAUUUUUGACGUGGAACUUGUGCGUGUGAAAAUUUUCCUGGUGAAAAACGGUGUGAGAUCAGUUCUCGAAAGAAAUGUUUUGAGAAGCAUUGGUUCUGUAAGUGUGUAAGAAACCUUCGAGCAAACAGAAAAGACCAUUUCAAGCAAUGGUAUCGAGAAUGAUGCUGCAAGUGGCGCGGAUAAACGACAGGAUGCUGGCGAUAGUGCUGCUGGUGCUGUGGAUGAAUUAUGGUCCCGCGACCGCCUUCGAUUCCCACCUGCGGGGGCCCUCGUUCGUGAUGGAACCUCCGCCGCGGCUCGAGUUCUCCAACUCGUCCGGCGGCUGGCUGGACUGCUCCGCCUCGGGGAGUCCCCAGCCGACGAUAGACUGGCUGUCGGUGGACGGCACCUCGGUCGGGGACGUGGGCGGCGUCCGGCGGGUACUCCGGAACGGCACGCUGGUGCUGCUGCCCUUUCCUGCUGCCGCCUACCGGCAGGACAUUCACAGUACAAUCUACCGAUGCGUGGCGUCGAACACCGUCGGGCGGGUCAUCUCGCGGGAUGUGCAGGUUCGAGCAGUGGUUGCUCAAGCGUACAAAGUCGACGUCGAAGUGCUGGCCGCGUCCCGUGGCUGUACCGCUAUUCUGCGUUGUGUAGUGCCUAAUUUUGUUAAGGAACUAGUACGGGUGGUGUCCUGGGUGCAGGAACCCGCCUUCUACAUCUAUCCCUCACUGCAGGGAGAUGGUAAAUAUCACCUGCUUCCCACUGGCGAGCUUCUAAUCCAUAACCUAGAGUACAACGACCGGUACCCGUCGUACCGGUGUCGGACGAUGCACAAGCUGACGAGGCAGGUCGUCACCAGCAGUCCGGCCAAGAUACGAAUGAGUGAGCAACGAGGUGGCAUCGUAUCUCCAAGCGUCGUGGAGCACACGUCACACGUGUCCGUGUCACAGGACGAGGGCGCCGUCCUACUUUGUGUGGCGCAAGGAUGUCCAUCGCCUGAAUAUCGAUGGUACACCCACAACGGGCCGGAACCGAUUUCGGUAUCGUCCGGCGCCCGGAUACGACUGCUCGGCCCGGUGCUGGCCAUCGAGGCGGUCACCAGCGAGGACGGCGGCGUGUACAAGUGUUCGGCGGCCAACGCCGGUGGUGAGGCCAGCGCAGACCUGCGGCUGGCCGUUUCGACGCCGAUUCAUGUUGAGAUAUCCCCAAACGUGCUAAGUGUUCACAUGGGCGGUACGGCCGAGUUCCGGUGUCUGGUUACGACGAACGGAAUCAACGCGGGCCCCCAGCACAUCACCUGGUUCAAGGACGGCCGGCAGCUGCCCAGCUCGGGCCGGGUCGGCGACACGCUGCAGGUUACGGGCGUGACCCGCGAGGACAAGGGCAUGUACCAGUGCGUGGUGCGCCGCCAGGAGGGAGAUUCGUUCCAGGCGAGCGCCGAACUGCAGCUGGGAGACGCCCCACCAUCCCUGGUGUACAGCUUUAUCGAGCAGACCCUGCAGCCGGGGCCGGCCGUGUCACUCAAGUGUUCGGCCCAGGGUAAUCCGACGCCGCAGAUUGCCUGGACGCUGGACGGAUUUCCGCUGCCCACGAACGGACGGUUCAUGAUCGGCCAGUACGUCACCGUGCACGGGGACGUUAUCUCGCACGUCAACAUCAGCCACGUCAUGGUGGAGGACGGCGGCGAGUACUCGUGCGUGGCGGAGAACCGCGCCGGCAAAACGUCCCACUCGGCCCGGCUGAACAUCUACGGUCUCCCGUACAUCCGGUUAAUUCCGAAGGUGACGGCCGUGGCCGGGCAGACGCUGUACCUCAAGUGUCCGGUGGCCGGCUACCCGAUCGAGGAGAUCCACUGGGAGCGAGGCGGGCGUGAACUCCCGGAAGACAUGCGCCAGAAGGUGCAAACGGACGGAACGCUCGAGAUCAAGGAGGUGCAGAAGGCGCUCGACUCCGGCGUGUACACGUGCUGGGCCCGGAACAAGCAGGGUCACAGUGCGCGACGGAGCGGCGAGGUGACCGUGAUAGUACCGCCGAAGCUGAAUCCGUUUCACUCGGCGACCCUGUCGUUGAACGUCGGCGAUCGGGCGUCGAUCACGUGUUCGGUGAUCAAGGGCGACAUUCCGUUGACGAUCAACUGGAAGAAGGACGGACGCCCGAUCGACCCGAGCCAGCGCAUGUCGGUAACGCAGGUCGAUCAAUACAACUCGAUCCUGGUGAUUGAGAAUCUGUCGGCGGAUCAUACCGGGAAUUACUCGUGCGUGGUGCGCAACUCCGCGUCCGAAACCGAGGACAGCCAGGCGCUGCUCGUCAAUGUUCCACCUCGCUGGAUUGUGGAGCCAACGGACGUGAGCGUGGAGCGGAACCGCCACAUUACGCUGCACUGCCAGGCCCAGGGCGUCCCCGUACCGACGAUCCAGUGGAAGAAAGCAACAGGAAGCAAAUCCGGCGACUACGAGGAGGUGAGGGAGCGUCCGUACACGAAGCUACUGACGAACGGGUCGCUGCUGCUGCAGCACGUCAAGGAGGACCGCGAGGGGUUCUACCUGUGCCAGGCACACAACGGCAUCGGGACCGGCAUCGGGAAGGUCAUCCAGCUGAAGGUUAACUCCUCCCCGUACUUCUCGGGCCAGUCCAAGAUGGUAACGGUGAAGAAAGGGGACACCGCCGUCAUGCAGUGCGAAGUCAAGGGCGACAAACCGAUCAACGUGGUGUGGUUGCGGAACGGCAAGCACGAGCUCAAUCCGUCGACCAACUACCGGGUCUCGAUAAAGCAGGACGCCACACCGGAGGGAAUCCACGCCGAGGUUCAGAUUUCGAACGUGGAGAGCAGCGACAGCGGAGCCUACUUCUGCCAGGCGAGCAAUCUGUACGGAAGGGAUCAGCAGCUGGUUCAGCUGCAAGUGCAGGAACCUCCGCAGGCUCCUUCAUCGCUUGAGACGUCCCAGAUCGGUAGCCGCGUGGUGAACCUCAAGUGGCAGCCUCGCGGAGGUGACGCUGCCGAGGUGUCCAAGUACAUCGUGGAAUACAGGGAGAUUGAUCGUCAGUGGAUGUACAUGGAAAUAUCCGACCCACCGCAGUAUUCAGCAGUGAUCGAGAAUCUGAAACCUGCUACCAACUACGUAUUCAGGGUGAUAGCUGAGGGACCUGCAGGACGAAGCUCGCCUAGCCAGGAGUUGUUUAUCAAAACGGAACCACAGAGACCUGCCGGGGCACCGUUGAAUCUGUCGGCAAGGCCGAUCUCUUCAACGGAAAUCCUUAUUAACUGGAUGCCUCCGACGUACGAACUUCGGCACGGUGAGAUUCAAGGGUACAACAUCGGUUACCGAUCUAUAAAUACGAACUCGAAUAGCUACAACUUCACAUCAGUCACUGGAGAUGGAGAAGAUGGGACUGGAGAGCUACUGCUGGCGAAUCUCGCCAAGUUUACUCGUUACACGAUAGUUUUACAAGCAUACAAUCAAGUAGGACCAGGUCCCUUAUCGGAACCGGUUACAGCCCAAACGAUGGAGGACGUCCCGUCGAAACCUCCGGAAGAUAUCCGCUGUGUAGCGCUAACCUCCACUUCCAUCCAGGUAUCCUGGCAGCCACCGCAAGGCGCACACACCAACGGGCUCCUCCAGGGCUACAAGGUUCUCUACGAAUCCGCAUCGGAAGACUCCAUAAGCAAUGGCGACAUGGAAACUCGCAAGACCACUGCCCUAACAAGUUUGUUAACUAACCUAAGGAAAUUCUCCAACUACAGUGUUCAAGUUCUCGCGUACACCCGGAUGGGCGAUGGCGUCAUUUCACCGCCCUCGUUCUGCCACACGGAAGAAGACGCCCCGGAAGCUCCACCAGACAUCAAAGUAGCAAUCAGCUCACCAUCAUCGCUGUACGUAUCGUGGCUUCCGCCGCACGAACCCAACGGCAUCAUCACCAAGUACAACCUGUACAUCCGGGCGGUCAACGGACGCGAAGAACUCAGCAAUGACAAGCGCAACCUGCUAGCACAUCAACACUACUACGAGGCGAAACAGCUUCAAAGUCAUACCGAGUACCAGUUCUGGGUGUCGGCAUCAACUCGGGUCGGCGAAGGCAAAACUACCCGCGUAGUGUCCCAGAUGACCUCGAACCGCGUCCCCGCCAAGAUAGUCUCCUUCGGAGGUAUGACGAUCCGCCCGUGGAAAACGUCAGCCUCGCUCAACUGCAUGGCCGUGGGACAACCACGCCGGGAAUGGUUCAAGGGAGACAUUCUACUCCGCUCCGGCUCUCAUCACAACGUACAAAUCCUCGACUCGGGCGAAAUCAUCAUCACCAUGCUACAGACCACCGACACCGGAAACUACACCUGCCAGGUCGAUAACGGCAUCGGGACCGACCGACUCACGCACAAUCUACUGGUGCAAGUUCCUCCAGGACCACCGAUUCUGUACGUAACCAGUGCUACCUCCAGCAGCAUACUGCUCCACUGGAAGAUUGGAUCCAGCGGUAACGCACCGAUAACGGCAUUCUCGCUGCACUACCGACGCAUGCACGGCAACUUGGAGGAGAUGCAGCUGUCCCGACACGCGUCCAGCCACGAAUUGAAGGGCCUCUUCUGCGGUAGUUCCUACCAGGUGUACCUCGUAGCACACAACAAGAUCGGUUCCUCACCGGCCAGCACUACGCUCAACCUAAAAACCCAAGGCCAAUCUCCGGGCGUGCCCGUGGCAUCGGUACUGAUCGCUCCGAACUCCACCUCGGUCGUUCUGCGACUCAACGGCUGGCCGGACAACGGAUGCCCGAUCCUGUACUACGUGCUGCAGUACCGUUCCAUCUCCAACACGCUGGACGACGAAUGGCAUCUGGUAUCGAACGCUUUGAAGCCCCAGCGAAGAUUCACGCUGUCCGGACUACUUCCGACAACGUUGUACCAACUCCGGAUGGAAGCACACAACGUGGCCGGAUCAACCAACGCCGAGUACAGCUUCGUUACGCUGACAAAAGACGGAGAUCCGCCACCGCCCGAGAUCUUCGAGCGCGACCACACCAAGCUGAUGUUCUACAACAACAUCCAGCUGCUGAUUCCGAUCAUCAUCACCAUCACGGUGACGAUCGUCUGCAUCGCGUUCACGGUGGUUUGCUACAAAUACCGUGAGUAUAUCGUGUUGUUCUGUUUGGGUUACCACGGCACUGAGCCGCCACGUUACCUAUCCCCAGGCCAACGUGGUCGCGAGCGGAAGGAUACGAUGGACGGUACGAACCAACAGAGCGCGGACGCCCAACGGGACCGCUACUACGCGACCAUCCACAAGGUGGCGCUGCAGGCCGGCGAUAAGAUUCCUGAAACCUCCGAGGACAUCUCCCCGUACGCCACGUUCCAGCUGUCGGAGGCGAGCACGCUGGCCCAGCCGCACCACAGCGGGCCCACCAACACGCUGCUGCACUCCUUCAUGUACCACGAGCGGGCCAUGACCGAGGGAUGCGCGUCGCCACCCCCAGCAGCGGUACUGAGACAACUUCAUAAUCAGUCGCCUUACUACAAUAUUAACUCCUCGAAAGGUCGGCGACGACACUCGCGCAAAACCGAGCCUGAAAGCGAGGAAUCGGACUCCGACCCGGACCAGCUAACGUCCAGUCGGACCGAGUCGUCGAACCAGCUGGAUGCCAAGAUCAAGCACAGUAAGGAUGAUGUUGACGAUGAUGGCGGCCUGCAGCCGUACGGCGUCGGCGGCGGCGGCAUCGGCAUCGGCCUGGAUGACGAGCUCCUGUAUAACCAGCAUUUCAUGCGUUCCAUUCCAGGUCUCAUUUAUCAUGGCACGCAAUCGAGCACCUCAUCCGACCUGUCACCGAUGUCUGAACAAAAAUCACUACCUCGUCGUGGCAGAUCAAGGGGAACAAUGAGAUCCUUACUUACACCACUACAUUUACCCGACAAUACACCGGGAGGCGGUGGCCCGCUGUUUCACCAGGUGCCGAUCGAGGGCGGCACGCCGGACCGGUUGGAGCUGUCGGAGGCCGAGUGCGACAUCGACACGAUCAAGAAGCUGAAGCUGGGUAUGCGAUCGUCGCUGUGGUCACGACCCCAGCAGAGCAAUAGUGGCGGCAUCGGCGGCGGUGGUGGUGGUGGUGGCGGCGGCGGGACCGUGGUCGGAACAGCCAACAACCCCGGCCAGGUCCAGACCCCGGGCGGACACCCGUCGGACUACUCGAUCGCCGUGUAAGAGGAGCGGCAGCAGCAGAUCAGCAGCCAGCAUCGUCACAACAACCGAAACAGCAGAGAUCGCGGGAUUCGAAGCAGCAGUCCACGACACAACAACAACAAAGACACGUGUACUUUAUCUAAGUCUCGAGGCGGACAGGAUUUUUAUGGACACACCUUUUUGUGCAUGAUGAUGAUCUGUGUUCCCCACCCACACUCACGGACACACUUUUAUAACGCCUCUCUUUGAUAGAUAUAUUAAGUUUUUUUGUGGGUGAGGCCACGUGUGAUUCUUUGAGUGCACGUGGCGUGUGGAGUGCACUAAAAAUUCUUAAGAAAAUUCUACUUUCGAUUUGGUAAGUGGUUAAGCGCAAUCGAUUGGCAGUGAAAGAGAAUAGUACAGCUGAACUCUACGGUAAAAAUGAUUCAACACGGCGAAACAAUAAGUUCCUAAAAUCGUUGAAAAAUAGGAUUAUAAAUUUCAUGGAUUUCAUUUCAUGAAAAACGCACCUUGAAUUUUGAACACUUUGUUCGUUGUUCCCCUUUUCAAUGAACGCUUGUUCGCAAUUUUAGGUACAUUUUUUUUCUCCGUGCAUGCGUUGCGUGCAAAUCCAGCAUUGACACCAAUACAUUCAUAUUCGCGACGCGUCGUGAUGAUAGGCAGUAAAAUGCAAAGCUAAAAAUUCUACAGUGGGAAAAGUUUGGUGGAAGCCUACGUAUAGGGGAAAUUCUCGUAUGUUUGGCAGGUUAAGCACUCGCUCCUAACUCCAUCCAAUUUGCUGAUUUUCACUAUUUAAACAACAAAUUUUGCAAAACUUUUGAUAGAAACUUGCUUGUUCACUUCUUAUUGAGCUAUUUAUCACUCGCUUUCAGUUGAAAACGCUUUUUUAAGCUUUAAUUGAAUGUCAAAGUUCUGACCUGCCAACAUUAGAGGCACGCUGGAAUUAGAUGUUGUUCCCUUACAUUUUCGCGCGAUAAGUGCAAAGGAAGUGAAAACUAUUUUAUGUAUUUUUCAAUGAAAAUUGAUCUUUUGCAUUUAAAUAAAGUCAACAUGAGGUAAGAAAUAAAAAAGUUGUAUCAAUCGGAUUAUGAACCCAGGUCCACUAUAGAAAAACUGUAAUUUUUAUAUCAAAUUCAACCGAUAUUUGAUGUUUUGAUGCAUGGUUUGGGUCUAAUGAUAGAUAUAAUGAAUAAAAGAUGGCUUUGCUCCCUUUUCAUUGUAACAAUGUGCGUUUUGUUAAGAAAAACCUUAUAGACUUUUGAACACUUAUUUUCACAAUGAUCAAAGAAAUAUUGAAACGUAGUAUUUAACAUAUAAAUGCAUUUAAAAGUAAUUUUAAUGAAAAAAAUCCAUAUCAGUGAGUUGAAAAGUUAACCAAAACAAAACAAAAAAAAUGUUCUCAGUUGCUGAUUUAUUGUUUAUUAAAAAACAGAUUUGCUAUCGAUUUAUUAUUAUAAUUUAUCAUUGCAAACAGCGAUUAUGAUGUUUCAUUUGAGUACAAUAAACUAUAGUUUUGAUCCAUAGCAAAUUCUUACGGUUUCAGCAACUUCGGUACUUUCAACAUAAAAAAGGUUAUUUCCAAUUAAUGCAAUUAAGUUGAUUAAAACAAGAAUUUAUUGUAAGUUAAAGAUAAACUAUUGUUCAAUUGAAUUCAUCACAAAAUUUUCUUCAUUUUAGUAGAUUAAAUUAUUUUAUAAGGGACCACUUUUUAAAAAGUUAAGAUUUUCGCUGUCCUAUUUUGGACACCCUUUACUGUAAUUUUGAUUUUUUUCAGUAAAGUGCCUUUCAUUUACACUCACCCCCGGUGGUUGGUCACUUUUUCGUUUGACACUUUUUUAGUUUAUACCCCGUUGGUUGGUCAAAGUGAAACUAAAUAGUGGCGAACUGUCACUUUUUACACGGCGCUCACCCACACUAUCAAAACAAACGUUUGAUAGUGUGUGUGAACUCCGUGUAAAAGGGGUGUACAUUAUUACUGAAGUGAAAUAAUCAGUCAAAAAUGGUUGGAUAGUAAAUUCAAUCAUAAAAAGGCUGUUUUGCUGUUUCGUUGUGAAAAUGCAAGAGUCCAUGGCUGAUUUAAGAUGUGCGAUGAGUUCCACACUUAUUUUGGCGAAAAAGACAAUUAAAUGUCAGUCAACAUAGUUUCGAAUGAUGCUGAAUAUGCCAGAGGGUCCACUAUAGGAAAGGGGUCCACAUAUGGAUAAAAUACCUUACUUUUGACGAUCUGAUUGAGAAAAAAUGUGAUUAAAACGGGAGACGAUUUUUUUUUUGUAAAAAAUCAGAUUCCCAUACUUUCGAAAAAAAUUUGAUUUGUAUUUGAAGGGCAAAUUAUUAUUGAUUUGAAUAUGGACUUGAACAAGCAAGGACUUUUUUUAACAAUACCUUUAAAAUUUUGGAGGCAUAUUAUAAUUAUUAAUGGACCAGAAAAUUGGCUUUGAAAAUGGAGCAAUAUUUGUAGAGUCUAUUGAAAAUUUUAAAUUAUUUAUAUUUCCUCAAAUUGAAAAAAAAACUGACAUUGACAGAUCUAGUUUUUUGAGAAGUUAUUAAGUUAUUUUCUUUUGUGCAUGUUAAAAGCUCACUGACAUCUUUCAGGUGAAUUAAUCUUGGAAAUUUUGGAUUUUUGAAUGAAUGUUUUGUUUCUCAUUAUUAUUUAUUUAAUAUCCUGUCUCUUUCCCUGCCAAUCAGUCCAAACCACACCAAAAUCGAAAUCACUUCAUGUAAAACAAGAGAUACCGUUAAAAACUCAACAAAAAUGCAAAAAAGACCAAUUCUCAUCAAAACUCAGCCGAAGGCAAGCGCCACACACGAUUUAAUCGUACUAAAGACGGCUUUCGAACUCAACAACACAAAACCCAUUCCGCGAAUCGCGAUCGACUCAAAACAAAGCAAAAAGAAGCGUUAUUAGUAAUCAAAAUUAUUUUAAGUAAAGUUUGUAGAUAAAAUUUUAUACUGUAAUGCAAAUAUAUACAACAAAACAACACACGUGACAAAAAGAAACGGUUAAAACGCCCUGUUAACAUUUCGUUUUUCGAGAUGAUGAUGUUUUCUGUUGUGUUUAACUUCCUUGAUAGAUAUUAAAAGCCAAAACAUAAGAUGAGUCCCCCGGAAGGAAAAUAAAAACAAAAACGUACGUGCCAAUCGGAAGCACCUUUCGCUCCAAACUCCAGAGAUACCUUCAGUUUUAAUAUUUUUAAACAAAUCUCUGUCAUCCUGACCUGAGACGAGAGUAUAUAUUAUAGAUAAACCAUGUUAUAGAAUGUGAGCCAGAACUGUCAACCUGCAUUCGUUUUUUUCUUUCUUUUUCUAUGUAUGGAUUUAGAAAGUUUUCCAAUUUUUACCCCUUUUUUACGAGUUAGUUUUGCGGUCACACUUGACGAUCGAUUGAACAAAGUAACAAAUUUAAAUAAUACCUAUAUUUGCUAGGAUUUUGUAUCUGUGUAUAAAGACUGAAUUUUCAUUGAAAGAAAAACAAAAAAAAAACAUCUUAAACUAUAAACCAGCAGCAAACAAAAAAAACUAGAAAAACGUAACAAAACACAACCGUACGAACUAAUGGAGGAUCAGCAUCCUAAAAUGAAGCAAACAAAAAUACGUCAAACGUCGCCGGAACCGGAAACGGAGAUUGAGCAACCAGUCUGGGUAAAGCAGUAUGUGUGAGUGUAUACCAAUCAAAUUUACAAAAUGGCCGACAACUAUAUGGCCUCACCUAGUCAGCAAGUUAGAGCAAACGACGAUUUAAUAAUAUUUUUAAAUGCGAUUGAUAGUUUGUAGCGUUAAUUAGAUAAAGCAAAAAAAAAAGAAAUGAGCAAAACAUAAACUUAUUAAGCAUCCUGUUUUACCCGCAGCUUUUGCGCCAAGAAAAUGACACGUUUUGUUACAUUUGACGUUUAUUCUCAGCAGUUUGUACGCGAUUAGUUGAAGGCAGAACAGCUGUUUGGUUACAGUGAAUUAAAUAAUCAGGAAUUUAAUUGAUAACGUGCAGCAGCACAGAGCCAAAACAUCAGAGAGAAAAAAAAACAAGAAACAACUACUAAGCGCUGGUAAAGCAAACUACAAAAAUGAAAUAGAUACAAUUUAUGAAUUAAAAAAAAAACAUCAACGAACUGUACGAAUUUAAUGAGAAUGAUACACUAAACCAUACACACUAAAUAAAAAAGGCAUUGUUUUCUGUAAGGUUUUUUUACAAUACGAAUAGCAAACGCAAAAACAAAAUAUCACUUUCAGUAACUGCAACUGACGGAACUGAACUGCGCCAGCAUGCAAAGUUUCCCGACGAGAAAGUUAUGGAAUAGUUAUUCAAUAACGAUACAAUGUUUAAAAAAAAAAGGCAAAAUAAUACUUUGUGAUAUGUGUAAUCAAAUUACUAUUAGAUACAAAGAAACCUGCAGUUACAUGAACCACAUAAAAAUAACCAAGCAUAAAACAAACAGUUAGCGCAAAGCCACAAAAUCUAGCAAAGAAACCAGUUUUAUUGAAAUAAUCGAAUUUGUUUUCAUUACAACGUAAAUCGAAAAGAAGCAAAAAAAGAUAAGAAAAAAUAUCAACACAUUUCCCAACGAUGUCAGAAUCAAAU